CAGACGUUGACGAGCUCCCGGAUUCGAUAUCAGACGUGCCUGAUUGGGACUUCAUCCUCAAGAACUCGGAAGCCGUGGAACGUCCUCGGAAUAGCGACUGCCCAAGCUUGACCACCGGCAGCACCAUAAGCAGUCGAAACUCGUCAACAAGGUCCGCAAGGUCAAUCAAAUGGGACUCCCUGGAGACACAAGACAAGGGCAUGUGCCCGUACCCUGGUUGUGGCCGAGUUCUGCGGGAUCUACCGGCACAUCUACUUACCCAUCAGGCGGAACGACCAGAGAAGUGCCCUAUCAGCGACUGCGAGUACCACGUCAAGGGCUUCGCCCGGGCGUACGACCGAGUUCGGCACACCCUUAGCCACUUCAAGGAGACCAUGGUGUGCGGGUUCUGUCCCACCAACAUCUUUGCAGCGGAGAGGACCUUCAAUCGCUGCGACGCCUUUCUCAGACAUCUCGUCACUACUCAUGGAGUCGAACAGACUCCAGCUGGACGAAAGGACGACGUGUACGGCGGCGAGAGUAGACUACAAAAACAUGUGACGAGCCAGAAGGUCGCAACGUGUGGACUGUGUUCUGAACCUUUUGAUGCUCAGGGGUUCUACGAACACCUGAGAGGAUGUGCCCUUCGUCAGGUCACGAGAAGCUGCACUGUUGCACAGUUGGUCGAAGGCAGUCAAGAAACUGUACGCGUGCCAAGGGAAAGUCGUCCUGAGAACGCCCUCGUUGCGACCGCAUCGUAUGCAUCUCUCCAUAUUCCUCGCACGCCGGAGCAGCUAUACGGUGCAUUUGCACGCCCGCGAUCCCCUCUUGCUUCAAUCGAAGGCUCGGACUCUCCAGCUGCGCCCGCAUCUCGGGACACGGAGAGCAAAGAGAUCGCCGAGCUCACCGCUUCCUCGCGCUGCCUGUCCCUCACAUCGUCGCAGGAUGAAGCCGUGAAGUCUUCCGACGAGGAAACGGACUGGACCGAGGACACGGGCUCGCCAGACAGCGUCACCGAUGCGGAUUCGCUCCGACCCAUGCUGUCUCCCGUCAAGCAACAGCUAGUCGAGCGCCUCAUGAGCGAGUUUCACCGCAUAUUCGAUAAGUUGGUUCGUACGUACCAUGGCGCUGGGAGUGCGCGGAGUGCGGGGUCGGGGUACUACACUGGGUCGAGCGGAUCGUCGACAUAUUCCAGCUCGUCGUUCGUUUCCCGCAAGCGGAGCCUGAGCGGUGGAAGCUCGCCCCCGCCCAACGACAACGGGGACGAUUCGAAUAAGCGGAGACGGCCUGAUCCGAAGCUUAGUGCUGGCAAGCAGAGUGUGCCUGAAUUGCGGUUCGCGUGUCCGUACUACAAGCGGAACCCGGGGCGCCAUCAGACCUUUACGUCGUGUCGAGAUCCGGGGUUCAUCACCGUUGCUCGACUCAAGUAAGCCAGACCUAGACGAUGGUGAUUUUGGUCCAUUUUCUAACACGUGUGCAGGGAACAUCUGUAUCGUCGCCAUCUCCUCCCGAUACAAUGCAACCGCUGCUGCUCCACCUUUGCCAACGAGCCCACCCUCCGCGAACACCAACGCGACCCCCACGGCU